AUGCCACCACCAUUCCCCGCCGGCCACUUUCCUGCUCACCCGCUCUAUUCCUCCCCGCCUCGCACCUUUGCUGCUUCCACUUCCACCACAUUCCACGGCUGCAGACACAGCUUCCCAAAGGUGCUUUGGCUCGGCCCUUUUAUAAUCACCAGGAAGGUGCCUGAUGAUCAUAAAAAGGUUGCACCCAAGCGCCACUGGGAGGCCAUGCCUGCAACCAGGGAAAGUGUUGGCAACCAGCAGAGGAAGCGGCAAAGGUGCUGCGAGUGGGCGGGUGAGUGGAGGUGGCGAGAUGGUGGCGGUGGGGGGGGAGAAAAGAGGUGGCAGUACAGGAUACUGGCGUGUACCACUUCAAAAAGAGCACCGGCUAUCUAUAG